UAGGCUGAAGUGAGGAGAAAUUUCAUCUGUUCUGGUUUGUUAAAAUGAUCAUUCUGGCUACUUGUGUGGGGUGGGGGAGUGGAAGGAGGCGCAAACGGGUCAGCAGGUAGAGGAGCCAAGCCCUCCUGCUCAGCUGUGCCAGGAAGUUAGGACUGUCUCUGCACUGUGCAGCUGGCCCCGGGGAUGGCCAGCUACCUCUCAGUCAAGGUCUUUCUGGAGGCAGCUCACCCCUCCUUCCCCAUUACCAGUUGUGAAUUGGGCCCUUUUCUGAGCCUGGAGGUGGCAGGGGGGCACACAAUGGAAGAGAAGCGUGGGUUUUGGUGGUGGCAGGAAGGCCCCAUAAGGCACUGCAUUGAGCGCAAGGCUGCAGUGAACACAUUUUGCAUUUUGCCCUGUUGUACAGGCUUCAGGGCAGGAGCCCCUGUUAGCUUUGACAGGCGCCUCCAGGGAGGCUGCUGCCCAGGGCUAUGGUGCAUUUCUGAGCCCGCCUUUCACCCGGGAGAGCCGGCCUUUCCUGGGCUUGCUGGCCCCUGAGGGAUGGACCGUGUGAGGAGUGUCCUUGGCCCCAACCCGGCUCCCUCGGUCCUGCGAGCGCAGCUCCUUGGCACCAGGGCCGCGGAGGCUCCACCCCCACCAGCUGCUGCGUUAUUUCUGACUCAUCCAGGAGUUACAAGUGUGUAACCCAAACCCCUCCACGCCCGGCUUCCUCCCCACUGGCUCCUCCUGGAGGGAGGAAACCCCGGGACGUCUCUCCCGGGACCUCGCCGCUGCAGGUCGGGUCCCCGCCACACCUGGACGCACUGCCGCUCGCAGGAGCCACCCUGUGACAGCAGUCCCCAGAGCUGGCCAGGGGAUGAACCGCGAGGGGGCCCCCGGGAAGAGUCCGGAGGAGAUGUACAUUCAGCAGAAGGUCCGAGUGCUGCUCAUGCUGAGGAAGAUGGGCUCCAACCUGACGGCCAGCGAGGAGGAGUUCCUUCGCACCUACGCAGGGGUGGUCAACAGCCAGCUCAGCCAGCUGCCCCAGCACUCCAUCGACCAGGGUGAGUCCAUCGACCAGGAGUGCAGCCCAGGUACACUCAUCCUGCAGCCCCUGCGUCUGGGCUUCUCCAAGGAACCGAUGGCCAUUCCCUCUGCAGACUCACUCUUCCCUCCUGGGAUGGCUGGUGCUAUUUUUGUGCCUGCAGCUCAGCACAGAGGCCCAAGGUCCCUGCAAGCAAGCCCAUGGGACAGGCCAGGAAAGCAGUGAGUGGGCUGCCACUGUGCAUUGCCUCUUUUGCUGACAACUCCCCUUUACUGAUCUCCCUCCAGCCCCCUCCUGCUUAGCGAGCUGGAGAGUCGGCACUCAGGAAAAGCCAGCAUCUGUUA